CGCGGGCGGCAGGUGGGGGGCUUUGUGCGGACUCCGCUCUCUCGGCUUCCCUUCUCGGAUCUUGCCAGCGGCUGUUUUUCUUGUCGGGCCGCAUCAGCCUCUUCCUUUUUCUGUGUUGGCUAGUGGUGUGGUAGGUAGAAGUUCAACAGAUGAAGCUUUUCCCCCAACAACUGGCUUCCAUUGAGGUGUUGAUUUUCUGAAGUGAAUGACCGGCAUUUGGGCGUGGAUGUUCGUUUUGGAUGUGUGCGUGAAAUCCUGAAUAUUUGCAGAAAAUUCUCACUUUUAUUACAGCUAAAAGACUUUCUUCCUACACUUUGGAUCUCAGCUCAAUACGUAACUAAAAAUGAUUGAUUCUGUCAAAAUAAGGAGACAGUGCAGUAUGGAUUUUUAUGCUCAUUAUGAGCAGCUCUGUGCACUUGAAGGCUGUGCCCCUUUAACAUCUGUGAAAGCCAAAAAGCUUUAUAAUAUUCUUGAUAUAAAUGCGGAUCGUAUUAAAGCUGCCGAUUGGAUACCUCUUCUACAUGCAGUCAGACAUAACAAGACUUUAACUUCUAUUGCAAUAAAGAGCUGUCACCACCAGGGGCUUGGGGACUCAGGUCUUGAAAAACAGGGAGCAUAUAUAAGAAGAAGAAUUCCAGCAAUUCGAUCCAAAGACUUAACUGGACAAUUGUGUAAAGCUAUCAAAGGUUGUCUGAUGGUAUCAAAGGCCCUGGGAAAUCUAGAGCUACAUGGGCUGCUUUUGAGGGAAAAGGAUUUAAUAUUAUUGACAAAAGGGUUGGCUAAUACGUCAUCUUUAGAGAGACUAUCUUUAGCCCACUCACCAAUUGGUGAUGGAGGUUUGGAAAUAAUUUGUCAGAGUGUGAAGAAUUCGGCUUGCAUCAAAUUGGUAGAUUUUACAGGGUGCAGUUUAACCUGGCGAGGAACAGAACACAUGGCCAGCAUCCUAAAGCAUCAGGCAAUGAAAAGGCAUGGUGAAGCUUGGGCUGAAAGUCUCCGCUAUAGGAGACCUGAUUUCGACUGUAUGGCUGGCUUAAGGCGCAUCACCCUCAACUGCAAUACGCUUAUUGGCGAUCGAGGUGCUGCUGUUUUUGCUGAAUGCCUUGCAGAAGAUCUGUGGCUAAAAGCACUUGAUUUGCAGCAAUGCGGAAUUAGCAUUGAGGGGGCAAAAUCACUUUUGGAUGCAUUUAAAACUAACACAACACUGGUGGUUCUGGACAUCAGAAAAAAUCCAUUAGUAGAUCAUGCACUAAUGAAGAAAAUAAUUGAAAAGGUUCUCACGAAUGCCAGUGGAAUUAACUUGGAGUAUAAGUGGCUUCCUUCUCCACCGUCAAAAGAUGUUAAAAACAAACCCAAAAAAAGAACAGUUGUCUUGGGAAAUGGCAGGAAAGGAAAAGCUACUAUACGUAUUGGAUUUUCAUCCAAAAAAUCAUUGAGUCCUGGUAAGACAACUUCAUGGGAUCAAGACAACUAUGCUCCAAAGCCAUUACCCCCAGGGACACGUGGCUUCCUGCCCUGGCGUACUGCUGAACGGGCAAAGCACCAUAGGGCUUCAUCUGCAAAAAAUACCCAUGAAUUUCCAUUGCAGAUUCAGACAGGUAUUCCUGUGACAGUGACUGUAGAAAGUGCUUCUGCAUCUGAAGCUGAGACAGAUGGUGCCAUAGAGAACGUUAUUUGUGGAAUGGAUGCCACAGAGUCCCCCAGAUUAGCCAACUUGAAACAGUGGCGUAAGUUACAGAUGGAGUAUGAAGAAUGUCAGUUAAGAUUAAAAGAAGAACGAAAAGCAAGGAUGACUGCUGAAGAACGGAUGAUGGAGCUGGAAUUGGAAAACACUCAGUUACGGAAUCUAAAUUGCUCUCUCUCAGAAGUUGUCCAUGCACAGUCAGUAGCCAGCACAAUACUAGAAGACGAAGGAGUACUUAGUAGCAUUGAGAAUUCUUUCCAAAAGUUUCAUGCUUUUUUAGAUCUUCUUAAAGAUGCUGGACUUGGACAGCUUGCAGCAAUGGCUGGUAUAGAUCAAUCAGAUUUUGGCUUAUUACGUCAUCCCCAAAUGAGUUCUUCUAUAAAACCAAGAGUGAUAGAGAGGGAGAAGUCAUUUGAAGAAGAAAGACAAGAACAUAUGCAGAAUUUCAAAAAUGCUGGCUCUACUGCUUUUCUGAGUCCUCUCACUUUCCAAAAAGACUUUGAUUCAUGUCACGUUGUAAAUAGUGACCUACCUGCGAUAGCAAAAAUACAAGAACUUCAAGCUGUUGGUUCACCAAAGCAAAGCUUAUGGCAAGAUAUUGAAGGUAACAUAGAUAGUUGGAGAAUAGAAGAACAUGAAUCAAAACACACCCAGGAAACAUCUGAGAAGAGCAGCCAACCUGUAGAAUUGGAAGCAAGGGAUUCCUCUGUGAGGCAAAUACUUACUGCUCGACAUUCUGUCUCUGAACCCACCAUCAAUGUGCUUGGUAACAAAUUUGGUGCUCCUGCUGUUGAAAAUAGUAAAGUUUCUUCAAAAAAAGUUCCUUACACUACAGGCUUUCCUACUGGAGAUGCCCCUUCUAGAAAUGACUCAGUAGAGUCUGAUUCUGAAAUACAAGAAAGUAUCCAUUCUGUAGGAAGUGCUUGAGAAAUCCAUUCCCACUGGAUUGUUUCCAGAGAUCCAUUUACUGCAUAAACCUUUUGAAUUAUCCAAAAUUAUUAUGCAAUAAUCUACAUAUGGUGGCAAAAGUAGAGAAGCAGUGAUCAGAUGCUGGUGAAUAAUAAUUCCAGCAUCCCUUAUGAUUGGUCAUACUGUUUGGAGCUGCUGCAGCUUGGCAACAAUCUGGAACAUCAGAGCUUCCUUACUCUUGCACUUAAGGAUUUGGUUUUUUUUUAUAUCUACCUUUUUGCCAUGUAAGUCAACAAAGAAUUUUGUUGCCAGUAUUCCAAAGGAUUGAUUGCACAUUUUGCUUUUUAUAUGGUUUUAUAAAGGAUCUGAUGUGAUUCAAAUUCUCAUUUAUAAUUAUAAUGUGAAUAAAUUUUUUACAUGAUU